AGGAAAAAAGAAAUAUUAGGAGUGAAAUUUAGUUUUUUGUUCAAUUAUUAAUAAUAAUAUUUCUAGUCCGUCAGAUCCCAGUUUGCAUCUUCUCGCUGCUGUCCACAUCUCUCCUCGCCUUCGGUUCCUCUUUCAGAUCAGGAGAAGCGAAAACAACAGUGAUUUAAGCAUGGGUGUGGAACAAAACAAUCAUGAUGCAGAGGAGGGAACGCUGGAGAUUGGAAUGGAAUAUAGAACAGUCUCUGGAGUUGCUGGUCCCUUGGUUAUUCUGGACAAAGUCAAGGGACCUAAAUUUCAGGAGAUUGUUAAUAUUCGUCUAGGAGAUGGAUCAACCAGGCGUGGUCAAGUCCUGGAAGUGGAUGGGGAGAAAGCUGUUGUUCAGGUAUUCGAAGGAACAUCUGGAAUUGAUAACAAAUAUACAACUGUGCAAUUUACCGGAGAGGUUUUGAAAACUCCAGUCUCCUUGGACAUGCUUGGGCGAAUUUUUAAUGGUUCUGGAAAGCCCAUUGAUAAUGGUCCUCCUAUCUUGCCUGAGGCGUACUUGGAUAUUUCUGGGAGUUCUAUAAACCCUAGUGAGAGAACAUAUCCUGAAGAAAUGAUACAGACUGGAAUUUCUACAAUUGAUGUCAUGAAUUCCAUUGCUAGAGGGCAAAAGAUCCCCCUUUUCUCAGCUGCAGGUCUUCCUCACAAUGAAAUUGCUGCCCAGAUAUGUCGUCAGGCUGGCUUAGUUAAGCGGUUGGAGAAAUCCAACGAUCUUCUUGAGGGUGGUGAAGAGGACAACUUUGCUAUUGUUUUUGCUGCUAUGGGUGUUAACAUGGAGACUGCUCAAUUUUUCAAACGUGAUUUUGAAGAAAAUGGUUCAAUGGAGAGAGUGACCCUAUUUCUGAACCUGGCUAAUGAUCCUACAAUUGAGCGUAUCAUCACCCCUCGUAUUGCUCUUACUACUGCUGAAUAUUUGGCUUAUGAAUGUGGGAAGCAUGUACUUGUCAUACUGACAGAUAUGAGUUCUUAUGCUGAUGCCCUUCGUGAGGUGUCUGCUGCACGAGAGGAAGUGCCUGGAAGGCGUGGAUACCCUGGUUAUAUGUAUACUGAUCUUGCUACAAUCUAUGAACGAGCUGGACGUAUUGAAGGACGUAAAGGAUCCAUCACUCAAAUCCCAAUCCUCACCAUGCCUAACGAUGAUAUUACACAUCCUACUCCCGAUCUUACUGGCUAUAUCACUGAGGGACAGAUCUACAUCGACAGGCAGCUUUAUAACAGACAGAUAUACCCACCAAUUAAUGUCCUCCCUUCAUUGUCUCGUCUCAUGAAGAGUGCCAUUGGUGAGGGAAUGACCCGUAGGGAUCAUGCUGAUGUAUCCAACCAGCUCUAUGCAAAUUAUGCAAUUGGGAAGGAUGUUCAGGCCAUGAAAGCCGUGGUUGGAGAAGAAGCACUCUCUUCUGAGGAUCUGCUGUAUUUGGAGUUUUUGGACAAAUUUGAGAGGAAGUUUGUCACUCAAGGAGCUUACGAUACUCGAAACAUUUUCCAAUCACUUGACCUGGCAUGGACACUGCUUCGUAUUUUCCCUCGUGAACUUCUGCAUCGUAUACCUGCAAAGACUCUUGAUCUGUUUUACAGCCGAGAAUCUGCAAAUUGAAGAACCAAAGCUCUUAUAUACCCUUAAGAGGCCGCGUAGAUAGAUCAUAAUGAGCUUGGAGAAAUGUUAUUUUCAGUCUCUCCCCCCUUUCAGUUUCCUUCCUUCUCCAUAUUGCAUAAAUUCAGAGUGAAGAAUAAAAGACCCAUAAAAAAAAAAAGUUGUGUCCAUCUCAUUCUCACAGUUGAGUCUCUUUCCAGGCGAAGUCAGAAUGGGAACUACAUUCUUUUAGCAAAGAACAUCAAGCUCUUCCAAUGUUUGUAUAAUGUUUAAUUAUUUUGUUGGAUUGUGGCAUCUCUGUUCUACUUUAGGGCAUGCUCAACAACUUUUAGGGGCAUCUAAGUUCUUAUAAAAAGGCCCUUUCCAAUUCCUCUUUCUUGUCUAUUUAUAUAAGUUGAUGUCAUAUCAUAUCUUGUAUUCUGAACAGUUUUGAGAAUUGCUGAAGAGUUCAGUUUGAUGUUAUUAUGAAUACUCCUGCUUGUCGUGUU